UAAAUGGCGUCGACUUUACUUUCACCCAUGGUGGAUUAUUAUAACGACGAGGAAGAGCUGGACAGUGUGGAUGAAGAUGAUGAUCGCAGUUUCAGAGGCAGAGACUCAGAGGAAGACACAGAAGAUGCCAGUGAAACAGAUUUGGCCAAACAUGAUGAGGAUGACUAUGUUGAAAUCAAGGAACAGAUGUAUCAAGACAAGCUGGCCUCACUGAAAAGACAGCUGCAGCAACUCCAGGAAGGCACACUGCAGGAGUACCAAAAAAGAAUGAAGAAACUCGAUCAACAAUAUAAAGAGAGGCUUCGUAAUGCAGACCUCUUUUUACAGCUUGAGACUGAGCAGGUGGAGCGGAACUACAUCAAAGAGAAGAAAGCAGCGGUGAAGGAAUUUGACGAUAAGAAGGUGGAACUGAAGGAAAAUCUAAUUGCAGAGCUGGAGGAGAAGAAGAAGAUGAUCGAGAACGAGAAAUUAACAAUGGAGCUGACAGGCGAUUCCAUGGAGGUGAAACCCAUUAUGACCCGCAAACUCAGGAGACGACCCAAUGACCCUGUGCCCAUUCCAGACAAGCGGAGAAAACCUGCACCUGCUCAGUUAAACUAUUUACUCACUGAUGAGCAGAUCAUGGAGGAUCUAAGAACGUUAAACAAGCUUAAGUCUCCGAAAAGACCAGCCUCCCCAUCCUCUCCUGAGCACCUCCCGUCCACUCCAGUGGACACCCCGUCCCAGCGCUAUGAGGCACGGAUAGAGGAGGGGAAACUCUACUAUGAUAAGAGAUGGUACCAUAAAAGUCAAGCAAUCUAUCUGGAGUCCAAGGAGAAUACCAAGAUCAGCUGUGUCAUCAGCUCUGUGGGGACUAAUGAGAUCUGGGUGAGGAAGACAAGUGACAGCACGAAGAUGAGGAUUUAUUUAGGGCAACUGCAACGAGGGGCCUUCAUCAUCAGACGUCGGUCGGCGGCAUAGACGUCACGACCCAUUCUCUUCCAGUCCUCUUCUAUUUCCUGUCUGAAUCAUUUUUUAUGAACAUUUCAACACUCUUCAACUCUCACACUUACAGUGUAGACAUUACCAAAGUAUAUCAUGAACUGUCUCAUUCUUACUACGAUGUCCUUGUUUUUUUUUUUGGCGUUUUUCUUUCAUGAUGAAUUUUGCAUUGUACAUAUAACAGUUUUACUUCACAGUGUCUGUCUGAUGUUUACGCUCAACUUUACGCUUGUUUCAUUUCAAAAAGCUUCCUAAGAUGAAGGGGGAGUAGAUGUUAUUAGAGAGAAAACCAUUGUUUUAUUAGCAAAGCAUUUGUAAUUGUUUUUUGUUUCACAGUAUCACUUAAAGGGAUAGUUCACCCAAAAGUCAAAAGUUCUUUCAUCAUUUACUCGCCCUCAUACCAUCCCAGAUGUGUAUGACUUUCUUUUUUCAGUAGAACACAAACGGAAGAUUUUUAGAAGAGUAUCUCAGCUCUGUAGGUCCAUACAAUGCAAGUGAAUGGUGAUCAGACCUUUGUAGCUCCAGAAAUCACAUAAAGGAAACAUAAAAGUAAUCCAUAUGACUCCAGUUUAAAUCCAAAUCUUCAGAAGCAAUAUAAUAGGUGUGCGUGAGAAACAGAACAAUAUUUAAGUCCUUUUUUACUCUAAAUAUCCACUUUAACUUUCACUUUCAGAUGUGAAAGUGAAACUAAACGGGCACCACAUGUGACAUUCAGAUGUGAAAGUGGAGAUAUAGAGAAAAAACUAACUUAAAUUUUGAUCUGUUUCUCACCCACACCUAUUAUAUCGCUUCUGAAAAUAAAGAUUUAACCACUGGAGUCAUGUGGAUUACUUCUGUUUUCUUUUUGGUGUUUUUUUUUUUUAUUUUUUAUUUUUAUUUUUUUAGCUACAAAGGUCUGAUCACCAUUCACUAGCAUUGUAUGGACUAACAGAGCUGAGAUAUUCUUCUAAAAAAUCUUUUUGUGUUCUGCUGAAGAAAGUCAUACAUCUGGGACUGCAUGAGGGUGAGUAAAUGAUGAGAGAAUUUUCAUUUUUGGGUGAACUAUCCCUUUAACAAUCUACUCUCUCCGUUAAGACUCAUUUGAAAGGGCAAGAUUUCAUAUUAGUUUGAGUUUUAAUUUUGUAUCCAGUCAAAUGUUAAAUAAAUUUGGCUCAUACAGUGCAAAACAA